AUGCUGCUGGAUGUGGCCCGGAUGCUGGCCGCCUCUGUUGGCUUCUGCAUCUCAUCAUCGCGAGAACUGGAAGCCCUUGUCCAGUCCAAGGCGCCGUCUGCCGAAGUUGCGCGCAAGCUCCGCAAACUCGCAGAGCGUGAUGCACAAAGACUGCAGGCGUUCACCGAUGCAGCGAGAGCCCCGACAGGACCCUGGUGGUUGUUGGCCAACCUUGGCAUGAGUGCAGGGCUCCUGCUUCUGAGUCCCUUGCCCUUUGGCAAGGGGCUCGUGUUGUUUCUAGUAUUUCUCAAUGCGCUGACUGUCAUCUGCAAGACAUACGGGAGCACGUACCGCAACCUCUCUUGGACAAGUCUCGGGGUGUACCUGACGACGCAGAUCCAAUUGGCCUUGGGUGCGUUUUGCUGUUGCUUUCCACUGCUUCUCAUGAACUUUCCCUUCUGGCUGCUGAUCGGAGUUCUGGUCAAAGCAUUGGCCAAUGCGGCCAAGGCGGCCUCAUUUUUUCAAGCGGCGGUCCAGCCCUUGCCAGUUGCUGCCCUGGAUUUCCUGAGCACUGCGGCCGCAUUUUCUUGGUUUCUUUGGAAGACUGCCCUGCUGACGGAGGUCUUGGUCAACCAUGCCUACUACCGUGAAGCUCUCGCAAAGCGGCGUGCCGCGGAUGUGGCGGCCCCAAGCUUGGCUUUCCACGUGGUGGACAGCUUCUACGGGUUCUCCUAUUCCAUUGUGGGCUUCUGGCUGGGAAACGCUGCGCUGCGUGGCUGCGCUCAGGCCAGGCACUCGGAGAAACGGUAA